UAUUGUCAGAUUGACAGUGAUAGACGUCAGACAAAUGUUUUGAUUUCGUGAUUCAAAAGCACACAAAUUGUAAAUAAAUGUUAAAAGUAAUUAUAAAUGAAUACAUAAGAACUUUUUAUGCUUAUAAAACAAUCAGUGAAAUAGGUACAAGUACCUAGUUGAACUUGCAGUAAUAAAUCUGAGUAAGUCGCGGAAAGAUAAGCUUAUCAGUGGCGUUUUCAGUGUAUUGUAGGUACAAUGAACGCUUCAGAAUACAAGAAGUACCAUGAAUCCUUCAUGCAGAAUAACCAUGGCUCGACGGCGGUCCACACCUGCGCCUGUAUAUUCUUCACUGUGCAAUGUGCCGCCUAUUUAGCCAUCAAAUCAAGAUUCCCGCGAUGCUGUCAAUUCGCCUAUGAAUACUUGGUCAUGGUGCUACCCAUGAUCGUAGCACACACCUUACUAGCAGAAUACAUUUACAUUUUAAACCUUGCAAUCUUUAUUAUGCUAUUAAUCAAUCUAUUAUUGUAUCACCAAAACAUAGUAAAGAAGUUCAUGCAAAAGAAUGUAUUUCCAAACAAUAGAGUUCCUUUGAUAUCUUGUCUCAGGGGACUAACGUACCUUAUCACGGGAUUAUGUAUAUUAGCUGUAGACUUCCAAGACUUCCCUAGGUAUUUGGCCAAAACAGAGAGAUUUGGGUACAGUCUAAUGGAUACCGGAGUUGGUUUAUUUGUUAUCAUGAGUGGAGUUGUACAUAAAGACUUGCGGACACAAAAACUUGGAGAAAUUGUAAAGGGAAAUUUUAAAAUAAUAUCUGUAUUAGUUAUUCUUGGUAUAGGAAGGUAUGUGUCUGUAAAACAACUGAAUUAUCAGGAACAUGUCACCGAGUAUGGUGUGCAUUGGAACUUUUUCUUCACAAUAGCUGUUUGUAAAGUCCUUUCAACUAUUGUGUUAUAUUUUUCUAACAAUGCAGUGUUACUUUGUAUUCUGUCAUUAGUUGGCCAUGAACUUUCUCUGUACAUGGGUCUACAAGACUGGGUAUUUGGUGACACCCCUAGAGAUUCCCUCAUAUCAGCAAAUAGAGAAGGAAUUUCCUCCUGUUUAGGAUAUGUAUCUAUCUAUCUAUUCGGUGUUUGUAUAAAAAAUAUAUUGCUAAAUAGAAAUGUCACAAAAUAUCAUACACAAAUUAAGUUAAUAUUAGGAACAGUAUUAAUGUGGUCUCUCACAUAUUUUGUACAUGUGAUUAGACCUGCAUCUAGGACUUUAGCUAAUGCUGGUUAUUGCCUUUACAUAGAUACUCUUUUGGUAACUAUGAGUGCUUUUUUAUAUUAUAUUACUGUAUUAGUUGAAAGCAAAGGAAACAGUUUCAAAGUGCCUGUUAUAUUAUCUCACAUAAAUACUAAUGGGUUAUCAUAUUUUCUGAUAGCCAACCUGUUAACAGGAGCUGUGAACUUAUCAAUGAGAACUUUGUUAGUGCCUAGUUAUGUUACUUUUAUUAUAUUGAAUAUUCAUAUGAUUGUAUCUUUGACUGUUGUAGUUUAUCUAAAAGUAUUGGGUGUAAAAAUAUAAUCAUAGCGUGUGUGGAACUAGUUGGCUGCUCCUUAGGUAACAUGGAUGAUUGGGCAGUUUGCCUACCACUUCUCUAGGAGAAUAAAUGAGAAAAAAAAAUAACAGAACACAUUUUAAUAGAUUCUCUCAUAUUGCAAUUCAUUACAUUUAGUAAGGUACGAACAGACAAACAUACCAUAGCAUAGUUUUACAUGUAAAUAAACAACAAAGAAAACAAACAAAUAUUAUGUGAGUCUAUUUAAUUAAUUAUAAUAAAAAAUACACUGGUGAUUUUGUGGUGCUAGUCAAAUAGAAUUGCAUUGGGCCAAUUAAAUGGCGAAAAAAUACGUUAUACAUUAAAAUAUGUAAAAAAGAGUAUAUUUUUGUAUCAAAUAAAUGCAUUAGUUACCAAUUGUAAUGUUCUAUAAAUGCUUGGGUUUAAAUAAUUGUCAUAGUAAGUCAGUGACAAAGUCAGAAU